AUGCAGCAGGUUUCAACGCGUCCGUUGACGCCUUGCAGCCAGGAUCACUUGAAGAAGCUGCUGCAGGUGGGUGAGUACGCGCCCAAGGAGGAAGAGGACCGCGUUAUCAACAGUGCACUCAGCUCCAGACGCCCCAGUACCAGUUUAACGGCACCUCCAUCUGAAGUAGCACGCAGAAGUUCCCUCCACAAAGCGAUAAUGGAAGAGGAAGAUGUGCCUAUUCUUACUUCAGCGGAGAAACAGCCUCAAGACUCGCUCACGGACGAGGAAGAGCCAAGUCCAGAAGAGCACCGUCGACUGAACCUCACUAUCCAGCGUCAAGACUCCCAGAGCUCCAGCAACCCUGCGGCUGAUGACGCGGAGAUUCGAGACGGCGCGUUGUCGGCGCCGCUGUCGCCCGUGCUGCCGGUCAAGACGAUUCCCGUCAGCCUGUCGCUGAACUCGCAGAACAUGAAGCGCGUCAUGCUCGGCUCUCGCGGGGAUUCGGAUCUCCUGGCUCUCAAGGAAGGAGGCAGGGACUCGACGGGCAGUGCGUCCGACUUUUCGUCGACGCCUGAGCGUCACUACUUUGGUCAGAUCAAGAACUGCAUCGCUAGUAUUGAGGAUAUUGUGGACAGCAGCCGCAAACUCGAGGAGCGGAUUCGCGAGAAGCAGACGACCAAUCGACCUUAGCAACUUUUCGAAGAUUUUCGUGGCAAGGCGACGGAUUGGCCGGGGGGCUUUCAAUAUUUAUCGACAAGUGGACGUGCUGUUUCCAUCACCUCUGCCUCCCGCCGUGAAUGCUGCAAGUAAUGCUACAUUAAUAAAAAGAAAGCUUUUUAAUUUCUUUGAUACAAAAAA